UAUAAGCAGAUCUUAACCAUGUUAUAUAUUCACAUAUCAGUCAAAGAUUAAUAGCAGAUUUUCUUCGUAUUCAUAUUUCAGUAUCAGUGAGUAAUAACUGUUUUUCAGUCGAGUGAUUGUUGUAGAAUCCUCAGACUGAGGGAGAGAAACAGAAAUAGAUUGAAACAAGUACCUAGAGAACAUUUAACAAGACCCAUUAGUAUAGCGAAGAAUUGGAAUUGAUCCAAGACACACUGGACACACCUUCCACAGACUGGGGCCAAGUGCUCCCUGCACUACUGGGACCAGUCCAAUUGGAGACGCGGAGUGAUUCAAAUUACCUUUCAGCUAACUGGAACUAAAGUGGACCCUCUUAGAUAGGAGUCAGAACACCAUGGGCCAAGCGUAGGUCCUGCAGUCUGAAGGUUUCCAAGACGAAAAAAUAAGUAGCCUACCCAUCCUGACUUACAACUAAAAGGGAACACUUCCAGGCUCAAGAAGCAUGGAUUGGAAGAGCCUUGAGGGUCUGCUCAGUGGGGCCAACAAGUACUCCACCAUCUUCGGGCGCAUCUGGCUGUCGAUCGUCUUCGUCUUCCGGGUGAUGGUGUUCGUGGUGGCGGCAGAGCGCGUGUGGAGCGACGACCAGGCCAACUUUGACUGCGACACCCGGCAGCCCGGCUGCAAAAAUGUCUGCUACAACCACUUCUUCCCGGUCUCCCACAUCCGCCUUUGGUCCCUUCAGCUCAUCUUCGUCACGUGCCCGUCCUUCUUGGUGGUUCUGCACGUGGCGUACCGCGAGGAGCGCGAGCGUAAGUACCGCAUCAAGCACGGCGAGCAGGCGCGUCUCUAUGACAACACGGGACAGAAGCACGGGGGGCUGUGGUGGACCUACCUGUUGAGCCUCUUCUUCAAGACGGCCAUCGAGCUGGGGUUCCUCUACCUCCUCCACCUCAUGUACGACAGCUUCAAGCUCCCCAGGCGCGUCAAGUGCGGCGUCAGCCCCUGUCCCAACGUGGUGGACUGCUACGUGGCCAGACCCACCGAGAAGACAGUGUUCACCUACUUCAUGGUGGCCGCGUCCAUGGUGUGCGUGGUCCUGAACCUGUGCGAGAUAUUCUAUUUGAUCACCGUGCGCCUGUUGACGAUGAAGCGCCAGGGUAGGCCUACAGUCCGCACGGCUUCGAAGAGGAUCAUCUCUGAAAAUAAGGAUUUGAUGUAAAAAAUUGGUUUUGAUCAUUUGUAUUGGUUUGGGGGAUAAAAAAAGAAAAGACUGCAUGACAUGCGAAGACCUAUAUGGUCUACACACGCCUACUGAUGAUUGUCUUUUACAGUGUCAAGAUUUCGAUAUUUCAAUUGUCAUAUCACAGAAUAUAGGCUACGUACAGUAUGCAUGUGGCAAGGUCUAUGAAUAACUGUAUUCCAUGUUCUGGUAUUCUAAUUUAAACUAAGGGCACUGUUUUAAUGGAAUAUAAUUAAAACAAGGUGCAUUGAUUUAAUGUGUGUUAUGUCAGCCCUUGCCACUUCAAUGCUCAAAAAUCCGAUUUCUAUUCGCUGUAAACUUCUAGCUGAAAAUAAAACCAAACAUAAAUUGUAAUGUUUUGAAUAUCAACACCUCAUUAGUGCCUUUCUUAGCGUCGGUGACCCGCCAGGGAUAUGGAUGCCUUUAUUUGUAGGAUAAUAACGUCCGCUAGGUGGCGACAUAGAAAAGCUAAAAGACAACAGGGUUACAUCAACGUCUUCUCUCACUGUUGGACUGUAUUCAGCAUCAAAGAAUCGCUCAAGAAAUUAUCCAGCCCUCUUCUUUUAUUGCCUCUUCCCAUAUUUCGUCAUACUAUAAUGUAUAUCAGGCCUAUGCAUUGGGUUGUCAUGAUACAUACACCUUUCCCCAUUUAUUCAGCUUAUCUCUUUAAGAUUAAUUAAAAAUACUUACGAACGAAUUAAAGCAGCUUG